AUGCCUGGAGGAGGACAAAUGCCCAAGAGCCAACAAGAACCUAAGGAAAAGGUCUGCCUUAUCUGUAUCGAUGGUUGGGGCGUUUCCCCUGUUGAGGAUCCUAAGGGUGACGCGAUCCGUAACGCUGAGACACCUGUCAUGGACAAGUUCAAGAAGGAUUAUCCUUAUGCUGAUAUUGCUGCACAUGGUCUUUCGGUUGGUCUCCCUGAUGGUUUGAUGGGUAACUCUGAAGUUGGUCACUUGAACAUUGGUGCUGGUCGUGUUGUGUACCAGGACAUUGUUCGUAUCGAUCUUGCUAUGAAGGAGAAGCGUUUUGGUGAAAUUGAAAACAUCAAGGGUGCCUUUGAACGUGCAAAGGCUGGCAACGGUCGUCUUCAUUUGCUCGGUCUUGUCUCUGAUGGUGGUGUUCAUUCUCAUAUUGAGCAUUUGCUCUCGCUUGUGGAAGCUGCCAAGGCUGCUGGUGUGCCUGAAGUUUACAUUCACUUUUUCGGUGAUGGUCGUGACACUGCUCCAAAGUCGGCUACCAAGUAUCUUAAGCAACUUGAAGAAAGACUUGCUUAUGGUACCCUUGCCACCAUUGUGGGUCGUUACUAUGCCAUGGAUCGUGACAAGCGUUGGGAACGUGUCAAGGUUGCGUUUGAUGCAUUGACCAAGGGUGAGGGUGAAAAGGCUACCGAUGCUAUUAAGACUGUGGAGGCUCGUUACGAAGCGGGUGAAACCGAUGAGUUCCUUAAGCCAAUCAUCUUGUCGGACGCUGGCCGUGUUCAAGACAAUGACACGCUAUUUUUCUUCAACUUCCGUUCCGAUCGUAUGCGUGAAAUCAACCAAGCCUUUGGUAUUGCUCCAUGCCCCUUCGAUAGCAAGGUGCCUGAAAACCUUGGCCAAUACACCAUGACUCAAUACAAGGGCGACUUCCCCUUCAAGGUUGCCUUCCCUGCUCAAACCAUGGACAAUGUCCUUGCCGAAUGGUUGGCCAAGAAUGGUAUCCCUCAAAUGCACGUUGCCGAGACUGAAAAGUAUGCCCACGUUACUUUCUUCUUCAAUGGUGGUAGCGAGGCUCAAUUUGAUAAGGAAGAGCGUGGUUUGAUUGCUUCUCCCAAGGUGGCCACUUAUGAUUUGAAGCCUGAGAUGAGUGCUCAAGAGGUGGGUGAUCGUGUUGCUGAGGAGGUUGCUAGCGGCAAGUAUCCCUUUGUCAUGUGCAACUUUGCUCCUCCUGAUAUGGUGGGUCACACUGGCAAGUAUGAAGCUGCCAUCAAGGGUGUCGAAGCAACCGAUAAGGCCAUUGGCACGAUUUAUGAAGCAUGCAAGAAGCACGGCUACAUUUUGUUUGUCACUGCUGAUCACGGUAACGCCGAAAAGAUGUUGUCGGAUGAUUACUCAAGCCCCCACACUGCCCACACCUGUGCACCCGUUCCAUUCGUCAUGACCUCUGAAAAGUACAAGUUCAAGAAGGAUGCCGAAGGUGCCCUUGCUGAUGUUGCCCCUACUAUUCUCAACGUCAUGGGUUUGGAUAUCCCUCAAGAAAUGACUGGUCACAGCAUGUUGGAGAACUAG